AUGCCAUCGGGUCAAUCGCUGCUGUGGGUUAACCAUGAUGCAAAGAACAUGAAUGCCCUUCCCCAUAGGCAUCGAGUCUUUACUCACGUCCAGAAAAGCUAUAGACCAUGGAAGCGUGGGCAGGAAGUCAAGUCGUUGCGAGCUUCGGCAAAAGUCCCGAUCCUCGCAAAACAACGCAACCGCAAGGACGGACGGGACCAGUGUUUCAGCUCUCCUCGAACCAACCAUUCAUCAGAAGAAAGCGAGUCGCCUGGGUCCGACACAUGGGAGGGCGGACCGAAGGCCCUUUCACUUUCAACAGCGAUAGGCAAAGGCAAUUCCGAUCCUUUCGGCGCAUACCCCAUACCAAUUACUGCCGAGGUCAAUAAUCUCAUGACUUUCUAUCGAGACUAUAUAAUUCCCAGCAUAUGGUACAGAAACUUCAAAAACAAGAAUACCAUGACCCUUGCUGCUCGUGAAUGGCAAUUCAAUGUGUCCCAUCUGGAAGAUGAAGGGACCGCCUACGCUAUUGUUGCGCGGCACGGUAUGGUAGCAGCAAAAUGUGUGAGUUCUCCUCCAGAAAGGGCUAUGUUGUUGCGGGAGGAGUAUUCCCAUUGGGUGCCGUUCGUGUCGGAAUGGGCUGACAGAUAUCCGCAGAAUCCAGAAUUGAGAAAACUGGCCUUACAAUAUGUGGGUAAAAGCACUCGGGCGCUGAGAGGGAAGGUUGCGCAAGGUCACAAUUUGCACCAAUCCUCUUCAUCGUCCAUCAUUAACAACACCGCAAUGCUCUUCAAUGCUGAAACACUAGGCCGCAAUCUGGUCGCAGCAACCGCGCACGGCAAGAUGCUCACUUUCCUCUUUUCUGAACAAUGGGUUCAGGGUAAAGUUGAUUAUCGACUACUAAUGUACGAAAUUUACAACGACUGUCAACUGACUUCAAUGUUCCUUUGUCCGCCAGUAUUUGAUGUCCACCACUGGCUACCAAUGGUUUUUAAUCCAAUAUGGUCCAACGCGACUCGACAGCUCCCCCAGUUUGCUUUUGAGGGCCUAGAUCCGUCUGUUGACAGUGAAGAACUCCAAUUCUGGUUUAAGAGUCGACAAGAGCAACUGCAGAUAUAUGGACAGCGAAAUGCCGAAGGAAACCUAUUUCUCGAUGUGCCAGUUGUGAUGACAUGGUUCCUAUCGAAAGCCUACAUCUUUCAUGGCCGGAUGAUCAACCACUACCUGAGAAGCAAGGAGCAAUUUCUAUGCCCAGACUUGAAACGGGAAAUUAAAGAUCAUCUCUUCGCUCAGCAAUUUAUGGCACUGGCGGCAAUAUACCUCACGCGAGGCCCAAAUUUCAACUUCAAUCCAACUGUGCUUGGAAUUCCGAUGUUCGAUGGAGCAAUCAUUGCUCACACCCUGCGAGCCUUGCUUGAGCAUAGUGAGGUGUCUUCACAACGACCUUCCUGGAAGAAAUACAUCAAUGCCAGGCUCUGGGCGUUUUACGUUGGUGCGCUUCCUGAGCAAGCUAAUGCGUCCAAGGAAUUCAUCCCAGAGGCACAGUGGUUCACGGUACACUUGGUAAGACUUGCAUCUACAUUGGGUAUUGUGAGUUGGCACACAUUGCGACAGAUCUUGCGCGCUUUCCUUUACUCUGACAUUCUUAUGGCGCAAGGCUCCGAAUGGUUUGAAACAUUAAUGGCUACGCACUUCGAGCAUGGUUCAUGA